CGCUGGCCGAGAUCCUGAGCGUGAAGGACAUCAGCGGGAGGAAGCUCUUCUACGUGCACUACAUUGACUUCAACAAGCGCCUGGACGAGUGGGUGACGCAGGAGCGGCUGGACCUGAAACGGGUGCAGGGCCCACGCAAGGAGGCCAAGACCCCCACCAAGAACGGGCUGCCCGGCUCCCGGCCCGGCUCUCCCGACAGGGACACGAGGAAGAGCCUGGAGCUGGCGCUGCCGGUGGCCCCGGCCAGCGGGAAGAGCAUCCCAGGGCCAGCAGUGCCGGGGCCACCGGGGCCACCAGUGCCACCACCAGUGCCACCAGUGCCACCAGUGCCCGUUCAGAUCACCCUCCGCUUUCACCUGCCCAAGGAGAGCGAGGCCGAGCCCCCCCCGCCCGGCGCCCAGCGCCCCACGAAGCGGAAGCUGGAGGUGGUGUCUCCGGCCACCCCUGUCCCUGUGGCCACCGAAACGUCACCGGCAUCCGUGUUCCCCCAGAACGGCUCCGCCCGUCGGGCAGCGGCCGCCCAGCCCGGGAGGAAGCGGAAAUCCACGUGUUUGGGAACGGAUGAGGACUCCCAGGACUCGUCGGACGGGGCCCCGCAGGCGCCGCGCAUGACCGGGAGCCUGGUGUCGGACCGGAGCCACGACGACAUCGUCACGCGCAUGAAGAACAUCGAGUGCAUCGAGCUGGGCCGCCACCGCCUCAAGCCCUGGUACUUCUCGCCCUACCCGCAGGAGCUGACGGCGCUGCCCGUGCUCUACCUCUGCGAGUUCUGCCUCAAGUACGGGCACAGCCUGCGCUGCCUCCAGAGGCACCUGACCAAAUGUGACCUGAGGCACCCCCCGGGCAAUGAGAUCUACCGCAAAGGCACCAUCUCCUUCUUCGAGAUCGAUGGGCGCAAGAACAAGAGCUAUUCCCAGAACCUGUGCCUCUUGGCCAAGUGCUUUCUGGACCACAAGACGCUCUAUUACGACACCGACCCCUUCCUCUUCUAUGUCAUGACCGAGUACGACUGCAAAGGCUUCCACAUCGUUGGCUACUUCUCCAAGGAGAAGGAGUCCACAGAGGACUACAACGUGGCCUGCAUCCUCACGCUGCCCCCUUACCAGCGCCGGGGCUAUGGGAAGCUGCUCAUUGAGUUCAGUUAUGAGCUCUCCAAGGUGGAGGGGAAAACGGGGACCCCCGAGAAGCCGCUCUCGGAUUUGGGGCUCCUCUCGUACCGCAGUUACUGGUCCCAAACCAUCCUGGAGAUCCUUAUGGGGCUGAAGGCAGAGGGGGGCGAGCGGCCCCAGAUCACCAUCAAUGAGAUCAGUGAGAUCACCAGCAUCAAGAAGGAGGACGUCAUCUCCACGCUGCAGUACCUCAACCUCAUCAACUACUACAAGGGUCAGUACAUCCUGACGCUGUCCGAGGACAUCGUGGAGGGCCACGAGCGGGCGAUGCUCAAGCGGGUGCUGCGCAUCGACGCCAAGUGCCUGCACUUCACCCCCAAGGACUGGAGCAAGAGGGGCAAGUGGUGAGGCCACGCCCCCUUCCGUGGCCACGCCCACACACGGACC